AGCAACACAGGAUUCGCAGAAGAGCGAGGAGAGCAACAAAAUGGCGCUGACCAGUUUUUUGCCAGCACCAACCCAGUUGUCUCAGGACCAACUGGAAUUGGAGGAGAGAGCAAGAUCUCAAAGAGUGAGACAGACUGCGUUGGUGUCAUCACGAAGGGAACCUCCUCCUUAUGGUUAUCGGAAAGGAUGGAUACCACGAAUGUUGGAGGAUUUUGGAGAUGGAGGUGCUUUUCCAGAAAUCCAUGUUGCCCAAUAUCCUCUGGAUAUGGGCAGAAAAAAGAAAAUAUCAAAUGCAUUAGCUGUACAGGUGGAUGCCGAAGGAAAAAUAAAAUACGAUGCUAUAGCUCGGCAGGGACAAUCAAAAGACAAGGUCAUUUACAGCAAAUACACAGACCUUGUUCCCAAAGAAGUUAUGAAUGUGGAUGACCCUGAACUUCAAAGACCAGACGAGGAAGCUGUCAAAGAGCUUACAGAAAAGACACGAGUUGCACUGGAAAAGUCUGUCUCUCAAAAAAUCGCAGCAGCAAUGCCAGUCCGAGCAGCUGAUAAACUAGCUCCAGCUCAGUAUAUUCGAUACACACCAUCACAGCAGGGAGUGGCAUUCAAUUCUGGUGCAAAACAGAGAGUUAUCAGAAUGGUGGAGAUGCAAAAGGAUCCCAUGGAGCCUCCAAGAUUCAAGAUUAAUAAGAAAAUUCCUCGUGGGCCACCAUCUCCCCCUGCUCCAGUAAUGCAUUCUCCCAGUAGAAAGAUGACUGUAAAGGAGCAGCAAGAAUGGAAAAUUCCACCUUGUAUUUCAAACUGGAAAAACGCAAAGGGUUACACUAUCCCGUUAGACAAACGCCUGGCUGCAGAUGGUAGAGGAUUGCAGACUGUACACAUUAAUGAAAACUUUGCUAAAUUGGCAGAAGCUCUUUACAUUGCUGAUAGAAAGGCUCGUGAGGCUGUAGAAAUGCGGGCCCAGGUAGAACGCAAGAUGGCACAGAAGGAAAAAGAGAAACAUGAGGAGAAACUUCGGGAAAUGGCCCAGAAGGCCAGGGAACGAAGAGCUGGAAUCAAAACUCAUAUGGAAAAGGAGGAUGGUGAAGUUAGGGAGCGUGAUGAAAUCAGACAUGACAGGCGAAAAGAAAGGCAGCAUGACCGGAAUCUUUCCAGAGCAGCCCCUGACAAAAGGUCGAAACUACAGAGAAAUGAGAACAGAGAUAUUAGUGAAGUCAUUGCAUUGGGCGUUCCUAAUCCUCGAACAUCCAAUGAAAUUCAAUAUGACCAGAGACUAUUCAACCAAAAUAAGGGCAUGGACAGUGGCUUUGCAGGAGGAGAAGAUGAAAUUUAUAAUGUCUACGAUCAGCCCUGGAGAAGUGGUAAAGACAUGGCCCAAAAUAUAUACAGACCAAGUAAAAAUGUGGAUAAGGACAUGUAUGGUGAUGAUUUGGAAACAAGAAUAAAAAGUACUAACAGGUUUGUUCCUGAUAAGGAAUUUUCUGGCUCAGAUCGUAGACAAAGAGGAAGAGAAGGACCAGUUCAAUUUGAGGAAGAUCCUUUUGGUCUAGACAAAUUUUUGGAGGAGGCAAAACAGCACGGGGGCUCUAAAAGACCUUCUGAUAGCAACCGCCCUAAAGAACAUGAUCAUGAAGGCAAAAAAAGGAGGAAAGAGUAAAAAACUGAUUUCUCUCUGGCUGCUGAGACUGGAUUCAGGGCUUUAACAAGCUCUGUACUGAAAAUAAUGUACCAUGAGUGUUCAAAGGCAACAUUUCCCUAUGGAAUAGAGGAGAAAAGAAAAAGCAGAUUGCUGAAUAACAUAGGUUCUGUAUCUUGGUUUCUAAGUAUGUUCAUCUUUUGUUUCAACAGACAAGGAAUGAUGUAUUCUUUACUUUAAAAUGUUAUUCCAGGAAUAUUCUCUUGUAUAUAAUUUUCUCUAUUUCUGCUAUGUAUUGUACUUGAAAUAAGGGAAGAGUACUAACUGAUUUGCUCUGAUGUAACUAUCCAGUUCCAUUUAAUCUGAAAGGAGCAAUUGCACUCAAUUAACUAAGAUGAAUAUAUACAUACCGAAGUUUAUUUUAAUUUCUUUACAUAGCAAUUAAAUAAAGGCUCCUUCCUUUUAAUUGGUAUUAGCAAAUAUUUCAUCUUGUUUUUUCUUGACGUUUAACUUCAAGCUGAAAGAUAAGACAAAAAAACAAUACCCAUUUU